AUGUCACACUUGGGGGACGAGAUCACGGCCCAGGUUGAGUUACGGCCUCUAGCCUCAACGACGGAGGUUCCAGAAACCAGGCAAAAUACCAAACAUCAUGGUCAAAGGUUGAACAGCGAGACUGUCUCGCUUAUCAACGAUGAAGAUCACAGCCAGGACCACAACGAGACAUCUACGAAACCUACCGGCCUGGUAAUUCGAGAUACCGCACUGCCAACACCCGCAACAGACCCAAAGGACGUACGCAGCAAUGUCCAGUCCAACGCCUUUGUGGCUUGGGGCCUCGAGCUGGCUGUUCUCCUGCUUGCUUUCGGUGUCUUCGGGGCUAUGAUUGCCAUCUUGCAAACAUUCAGAGACGCAGAGGUGCCUAGAUGGAACGGCACCAGUAGUGGAGGCAUCACCCUCAACGCGCUGAUUGGCGUGCUCGCCACCAUCUUUCGCGCAUCUCUGGCGUUUGUGGCAUUCGAAGUGCUCGCCGAGUUGAAAUGGGAAUGGGUGACAGCGCGGUUCAGGCCAUUGAACGAUGUGCAGCGCUUCGAGGACGCCACUCGCGGUGCCUGGGGAUCCAUGAUGCUUCUGCCGGUCGUCACGAUACGGCAGCCGCUUAGUAUAGUCGCCGUCAUUGUGGUCGUUCUGUCCGUCGCCAUUGGGCCCUUUGCUCAGCAGGCCAUGCAGACAUACUACUGCCUCCGAGUCGCGGAAGACCGGCCUGCUACCGUCCAAGUGGCCCAUCGCCUCGAUACUGGCCGUCUUUUCUACGCUCAGCGCCCAUCUUACUAUGUCCUUCAUGUUGGCCUGCAGGCUGCCAUGCAAGAUGCCAUGGUCAACCCCUCAAACGACUCCAACGUUCCCUCCAUGUUUCAGUGCCCGACCGGCAACUGCACUUUUCCUACCUUUGCCGACCGCUCAGACCAGCCCGAAGAAGAAAGAGCGUCUUACGCAAGUCUCGCGAUGUGUAGUCGCUGUGAAGAUGUCUAUGACCUGGCGAUGACGACCAUUAGAGAGCAGGCAGGGAAUGAUACUGGCGGAAUUUAUAUCCGGCUGCCAGUCUCAAAUUCGACCAGAUUCUCGACCAAAAUAACCGAUAAGCUCCAGGUGAGCCCUGGCGGCCCAGUCGGCUCAAAUAUCUCGUAUCUGGACGCUGCAGUUGUUGGCGACCUUGGUUGGGCCAGUCGGGUUGUGCCACAAGAUUUUUUGGAUGUUGCCAGCGAGUCCGCUGCCAAUUUCUCGAUAUUGGCCUUAUCGCAAGAUCACUGUGGCACUCUUGCCAAUGGCAGCAUCUCAUGUCCGCUAUCUGAUGCAAAAGUCAUGUCUCUAUUCAAUGGGGCCUGGGGCGAGCCGACAGAUUACGUCGCAGCGGCUUGCACGCUGUAUCCAUGCAUCAAGUACUACGCGGGUACCGUCCAGAACGGAGCUCUCUCUGAGACGGUCGUGCGGUCCACGCCGCUUCAUAUGGCAGACCCUGACGGGUGGCAGAAGCUGGAUAGUGUCCAGGUCCCAUGCUGGGCGAACGGCACGCUUUACACUUCUUCAAACAUGUCCUCCGCGUCUGAAGAGCUGCCUCCCAGUGCCAAACAAAAUGUCUCUAUAGAUCUCAAGUUUUGGCCACAUGAUACCGUCGUCUCAUUUGGUGAGGCCAACGUGACGACCCCAAGGGACUGCGUCAUGACCGUCGUCCAAAGCUUCCUAGCCGCGGUUCAUGAUGAGCUGGUUAGGACAUUGCGAGUGAAUUGCCUACCACAAGGCCAUCAGAUGAAAACCGCCAGCUGCUUCGCGGUCGACAAAGGCGAAUUGAACACAGGAGUGGCUUCGAUCGCAAUGGCUAGCUUGCUACGCCCUCGCGUUACCAGCGUAAAUACCAUCAGAGAGAACAUUGACUCGCUGAGCAUGAGGAUAACGACUCAUAUACGCCAGUUCGGCUGGGGCCGGUACACUGAAGAUCCAUCGACCGUCCGGGGAGAAGCUUGGGAGAGCCGUACGUGCCUCCAUGUGGCAUGGGAGUGGUUCGCCCUCCCGGCGACGUUGCUUGUCCUGUGCACGCUGCUGAUGGCGGGGAUUGUCAUAAGAGAUUUGCAAGCAACUGAGGAUAGCGUAGUAUGGAAGGGCUCGGUACUGCCGUUUUUACUCAAAGACCAUGUUACAAGUCUGGAGAUGUCGAACCUGAAGACGCUCCAUGUGGUAGCAAAGGAUUUCGAGAUCAAGUUGCAGAAGGCGGACUAG